AUGCCCUUUGGCGAAAUCGUCUGCGGGUCGCCAGGAAGUGGGAAAUCCACCUACUGCUAUGGCAAGUACCAGCUUUUCACCGCCCUCCGCCGCCCGAUCUCCGUCGUCAACCUCGACCCCGCGAACGAGCACAUCCCGUACCCGUGCGCCGUCGACAUCGGCGACCUCAUCACCCUGGCGGACGCCGUCGCCGCGCACGCCCUCGGCCCGAACGGCGGCAUGCUCUACUGCAUGGAGUACCUCGAAGCGAACUUCGACUGGCUCGCCGAGCGGCUGCGGGCCCUCGGGCGCGACGCGUACGUGGUGUUCGACCUCCCCGGCCAGGUCGAGCUGACCACCGCGCACGAGAGCGUGCGGCGCAUCGUGCAGCGGCUCGCGAGGAGUGGGUUCCGCCUCGCGGCCGUGCACCUGUGCGACGCGCACUAUGUGACGGAUGCGGCGAAGUAUGUGUCCGUCCUCCUGCUCUCCCUCCGCACGAUGCUGCACCUCGAGCUGCCCCACGUGAACGUGCUCUCGAAAGUCGAUCUCAUCGCCCAAUACGGGGACCUAGACUUUAAUCUGGAUUUCUACACGGAAGUGCAGGACCUGUCCUACCUGGAGAACGCGCUGUCCGCCGCCUCGCCCCGCUACGCGGCGCUCAACAUGGCGAUCACGUCGCUGAUCGAGGACUACGGGCUCGUGGGCUUCGAGACGCUCGCAGUCGAGGACAAAGCAUCGAUGCUGCACCUGAGCCGCGUCGUCGACCGCGCGACGGGGUACGUCUUCGUGCCGCCCGCGGGCUCCGGUGUGCCCCAGGGGGCGGACGGGGCGGCGGAGGAGGAGGAGGGGGGCGGCACGCCGCGGGAUGCGCGUGCGAACGCGUACGGGCUGUUCGCGAGCGCUGCUGGGCCGAUUGGGGGGGUGCGGAGCGAUGUGCGGGAUGUGCAGGAGCGGUGGGUGGAUGCGCGGGAGGCGUGGGACGCGUAUGAGCGCAGGGCGUGGCGCCGCGAGGGGGAGGCUGUGCGUGAGGGUGAGGCGGCGGCGGGGGCGGCGGGGCGGGAGGGGAGGGCGGUGGCGGAGAGGGAGGGGAGGGAGGGGAAGGGGAGAGAGGGGAUCCGGCAAAGAGGGGGUGCGGAGUGA